GUGCUUUGUUUAACAAGUUCUGAAGUCAAGAAUUUGGUGCAAGUGGGAAUCCGGCACAGAGGGAGAAGGAGGCGCUGCUUUUUAUUUUUUUUUAUUUCACCUCCAGUUGCUGUUUCUUCAAUUGCGGAAAAGUAAUCAAAAUUAAAAUGAUCAUUCUCAAGAUUGGUGCUCAGUUUUUUGGAGGCCUCUUUGAGCUGUUUGCAUCAGAACGAAAGCCUGGUUUGAAGAACAUUCUGUGUCUUAUUUCACUUUGUCUUCUUGUGGGACUCGGGGCCAGUGGCAUCCUUUACCUGUGCUUGCGAGCAUUACAGUCCAACUUUUUGGUGACUCUGGCAUUGUGUGGUGCCUUUGCAGUCGUCAUUCCUGGACCUUUGUUUCUUUCAAAGUAUCUCAGAUGCUUCGUUCUGAUAUUCCUUAUUUCAUGUGGAACACAACAAGGCCGCAAUGCUCUGAUAACAGCUGGCACCGGUGUGGUACUUUUUAAUUGUGCCCAAAACAGUUUCCACAAUUUAAGAGGAUUGGUAGAAAGUUUAGAAUGCAACAUGGAGAACAUGCUUCCAUCCAUCAGAAACCUUUUGACAAAAUACAUGCAUGUUCUACAUUGGAUUCAGAAACAAAUCAAGCACUUACCAACAAAUAAUUUCGUACAAUUUGUAGAUGAUUUUAAGUUUAUACACAAAAUAGAAGAUGGUGAGUUAAAAAGCAACCUCAAUGCAACCAGAGUUAACUUGGAGAUCUUGGCUAAUUACAUCAUUUCAACAUUGGGCACGUUUUCCCGAGUUUGUAAAAGUGCAAUGUUCAUAAUGGGCAUCUUACUGGUCCUAAUAUUCACUUGGUUCCAUGUCAAAAGGUAUUUAACCAACAUAAAGUUUGAAAACAUAUAUGUCACAAAUCAGUUCCUGCAGUUUGAUGAGAGACAGAAAGAACAAGGGAAGCCUCAUCUGCUCCAACUAACCAGAGAAGAGAAGAAAUAUUUUAUAAAGAUCCCAGCAUUCCGUUUAUCAGAAAGGGAAUGGAAAACUAUGGCAAGAUUCUGUGCUCCCAUCUUCAGUAAUGUAUGUAUUUGGACAAUAAUCAUACUGCUGGAUUACCUAUUGUUCUGGCUUAUUUCUUCAGUAAGAUGUCACCUAGAUCAUCUGCCUCCAAUUAACAUUACCAUGAAUUUUGAAUUUUCUGCAGAGACCAAAUUCAUAGAUUUUCCUAUAAGCACGCAUGAAUCCACAGAAACACUUUCAUAUGAAACUCAUUUGUCUAAAAGGGUCUGCAUUGCUCAACCGACUCGGUCGAUAGAGAAAAUAUGGAUUCCGCUUGUUGCACUAAUUGCUGCCUUAUUGCUGCUCACUUUACUCUCUGCAAAAUUUACAAUAUUGAAAGUACUGGUUUUAUCAUCAUUUUAUGCUGAGAUGGAGAAGAGACGAAUAGAGUUUCUGCAUGAAAAAAUAUUACAGAAAAGAUCCUGGGUCAAAUUAAUGAAUAAAGAUGAAGUAGUGAACUUCACAGCUAAUAGGGUCUCUUUUUGGUUUCCCAUCUUCAGAAUGAAGCAAAGGAAAAACAUUACUGAUACAUUACCAGAACUCUGAAUUACGUAUUGUGCUUUGAAUAAAGAUAGAUCAUAUAUUUGGCAGCAAAUCAGCUGUUGUAUUAGGCAGCCCUUCAUCUGAUAUAUACGUCCAGUUAUUGUAGUCAAUACUGUACAGUAAACCAAAGAAAUGUAUUAAUGCCACAAGCAAAAUGAACUACUUUCUAUAACUUAUUUUCAUUCAUUUGUGGGAUGUGGGUGUCGCUGGCUAUGACAGCAUUUAUUGCCCGUUCCUAGUUACC